AUGGGCGUCUUCUCGUUCACGGGCCGGGUGCUCUUCGCCUUCCUCUUCCUGAGCAGCGGUCUGCAGAAGAUCCAGCACUUCAACAUCGUCUCCGGCGGCCCCGACAUGGAGCAUGUCGAGCCCAAGCUGGACAAGUUUUUCGCGCAAGUGGAGGAGCUGGCGGGUACCAAGCUGCCCAUCGGCAAGGUGACCUACCCUUACUUCCUGCUCAUCGCUAUCCUCCUGGAGCUCAUCGGUGGCCUGCUGUUCAUCUUCAACAGCAAGCUCGGUGCUCAGUUCCUGCUCCUCUUCCUGGUGAUUGUGACGCCCAUUAUGCAUGCAUUCUGGGACCUGCCCGCCAGCAGCCCUGAGCAACUCAAUGACAUCAUCAAUUUCUUCAAGAACACGGCCCUGGUCGGAUCGCUUCUGAUCUUCCUGGGAGCUUGA